AAGCAUGGCUAGCCAAAAGCCAGUUCGUGGUAAGCAACGCCCGCUUUUGGCGACUCUUGUGACAAAUAAAAGGGCACCCUGCGCUUUUUGCCGGCGUGAAGUAGAUGAUGAGGUCACAUACGGUAAACUGUAUGCCAUUGGAGAGAUUCAGUGCCAUUACUUUUGUGUUUUGUUAUCUUGUUGCUUAAUACAGAAAGGCAAAGAUGAAGAAGGUCUUUUCGGGUUUUUAUAUGAUGAUAUUCUAGCUGAAAUAGAGAGAAGUAAGAAACAUCGAUGCUCAUAUUGUAGUAAAGGUGGUGCCACACUAGGCUGUGCCGUUUCACAAUGCAGAAAGCAGUUUCAUCUGCCCUGUGGGAGAGAGAGGAAUGCAAUGUCUUUGUUUUAUGGAAAUUAUAAGUCAUACUGCAGAGACCAUGCUCCGAAACAGAAGAUACCAGACCACAUAAUGGCUCCUGCCAAGUUGAGAAUGAAGCUCAGCAAAAAAUUGGCUAAGAAUAAAAAUCUGGCCAGUUUAAAGGAGUUGAAAGAUGUUGACAGCACUGAAGGUGAUGGAAGACCCACAGAAUCAGUAUGCGUGAUAUGCUAUGAAGAAGUGGAUGGGUUCCCUACACUGCAGACAUUCUGGCCUCCCUGCUGCGCAAGAGAUGCUUGGUUCCACAGAACUUGCUUACAGCGCAUGGCACUAAGCGCAGGCAUGCAUUAUUUGAAGUGCCCACUUUGCAAUGACAAGGACAACUUCUACAAAGCUGUCGUGGAGCAAGGAUACUAUAUACCAGAUAGAGACGCAGCCUGGGAACUAGAGCAAAACGCGUUCGCAGAAAUUUACGAGCGGCCAUUGUCGUGCAAUGCGGACGACUGCCUGUGCCCUAAAGGGAGGGAUUACGACUCUGAUUUUGGCAUGUGGGACAUGAAAAUUUGCAUCCUGUGUGGUACAACAGGCGUACACGCGCACUGUAUGCCGACGUCGUGUUGUACGCGGUUUGUAUGCGACACGUGCACACCGGCCGCACCCAGCGAUUUGGACGCAUUGGUACGGAACGUCGAGGCUGUAAUCCUCAACGAGCAAACUCAGAACACAGAGUCCACAAGACGCGGCCCGAUAAUGCCGUCACGAAUGUCCCUGCGACGCACUAAAGGGAGAAUUAACUACACGAACAGACCUUCAACAUCACAAAUGGAAGACAACACCACCGGCAGCCGUCGUUCGCUAAACCUAAAACCACCUAUGAAACCUAACACGGAACCUAAGUAUCUAGAUCCCAAAGUACUACAGGACUUGGAGAAUAAGUUGCUGUCGCCUUUGAAAAUGGUGGACCAGGGGCUGCAUGAGAAAAUUAAAACCAUGGGUGUUAAAAAUGUGAAAAUAGAUUCGCAAAAGGUUGUUGAUGAAAUGAGAAAGAAACUGAAAAGACCAAAGCCUUUGAGUGAAAAAAGGAGAAUUGUUAACGACAUACUGGACAGUAUACUCGACAACACGCUGAAGGAUAACACGAAAACGAAAGAACCAAUAAAGGAAUGGAGCUCACCCAAGAAGCUCAACCAUAUCGAGGCAGAUUCUAAGAACGAUAAUGAAGAAGAAAACUCGACGUAUAAAGAAAAUCAAGGACCAGCUCUGCAUGCUCCAAUCACACAACAAAUAUCGCCUAAAAAGAAGUUCACUUUAACGUUUGAAGAAGACACACAAGACGGCUUUAAAAACGACUCUCCAUCUAAAUCGAUAGCAGACGCUAUCAAAUUUGAAGAAGAUUCUUCCCACAGCACCUUUGAAUUACCUCCAGAAUUCAUUGCAAAUAAUCUAAGUGAUGAAAGUGUGAUAUUUGAAAGCCCGAAGCUCAAAACUGUAGAUAUACAGAAGAAUUCGAGCCUCGAAAUUAGUGAGAACGACGAAAUAGUCAAUAUCGAUGUGGUUAAUAUGAAACAUACGGAUAAUAAGGAUGUGUUCAAUAAUUUGGCUCUAAGUCCGGUAAAAGCUCAAAAAUGCGCUUUCAAAUUUAGCCCUAUUGAUAAAGAGACAUUGCAACAGAACAAUUUAGAUAUUGACUUUCAAAGCUUCAAGAAUCAGUAUUUGAAUGAGGUGGACAGAGCUUUCAAAUGCGAAUUUGCACACAAACACGUACAGAACGAUUGUAAACCGGCCAAACUGCAGUCUGUUAUAGACUUCGCUAUUGAAGCUAGUAUGAUAAAAGAAAAGCGAAAAAAAAAAAGAAAAAUGCACCAAGAUGGCGUCGCUGAAAAGAAAAAGGAACUAACUUUAGUUUACCAAGAUGUAGGUAAGAAAAAUAUUAAAUUAAUAUGUGAGAACAAUAAAUCUUUAGAUUUAACCGUGGAUACGCCGAAAAUAAAAAGAAAACAUAAAAAACACAAGAAAAAUCGUGCAAAUAUACAAGUGAAAAUAAGAUGGCGGGAGGAGAGAUUAAAAUUGAAGAUAACACAGAGUAAAAAGGCUAAAAAAGACCCUAAAGAUAGUACACUGAAGCAAUAUAUAUUAAAUUAUCCACAACAAACGCCGGAAGUUGCCAGUAUAUUGAAGCCUGACCAUGAUGUGACACCCAAAAAAAGAAAAUACGUAAAGACUGAAAAGUCCCCGGAUAAUUUAGUUCAAACUUCGAUACACAACUUCUUUUUUACAGCUAAACCUAAUAUGUAAGUUUAGAAUAUAUUAAGCUUUAUUACAAGGGAACCAGAGACAAUACAUAGGCAUAGUGAAAGGUGCAAUUAAAAGGCACAAAAUAGCCAUACAGUCUGUUUUAUCUGAAUGUACACUUAAACAAACUUCAUAAAACAUAUUGUUUAACAUGCAUACUAAUAGCUACAAUACUAAAUAUAUACCUACAUUAUGCAGUACAUAGAAUACGCUUGUUAUGUAUUUAUAAACGAUGAUACAUAUUAUUCGCACUGUUAAUGCAAUGGUAUUAACUCAAAAAGUGUAUUUUUAUCAGAAUCGAUGAAAAAACUCACUUCCCGUGAAAGAUCAUUGCAAUUUAUGUACAGGUUAGAGUUUAUUACAGACUUAAACAAUUCCCUACUUGCCAAAUAUUUAAAAAAAUAAUUGGUAAAACAUAAUUUCAUAUUUUAGAGUAAGGACUGUUUUCACGUUUGUAUCAUUUUUAGUUAAGUUGAUGUUUUCAAAUUGUUUCUUACAGUAUUCUAACAACGGUGUUAUUGACGUGUAGAGAAUCAAAUUUUACGUUCAAAAUGUUGAAUUUCACAUUUGGUAGGUUCGAUUCCCGGUACAGACAGGCGAUUAUUUAAAAAUAUUUGAAUACAGUUCGAAUUGUUUUUAAAAUCAAAAUGAAGUCUUAUUUCAGUAAAUUUCUCUAAUUACGGCAUUUAAGGUACUUUCCCACCGUGAGGCAUAGCCGUGUGACGCCCUGUAUGCAUACGUAUUGAUAUACAUAGAGCCUUAGGAGGUUAAAGCCUGAAGAAAUGUAUGUGUUUUAUUUGGAGUCCGUAGUUCACUAAUUGUGACUGCAAAAGUGGCGCGCGCGUGUCAUAACAGUGGCUCAAAAUAUUGUACGACAAUUAGUAGAGGCGCGGCUGUAGAGGCACAAUCUAAUUUGAAGGCGUCCAGAGCGAAAGUACGGAAAAAAUUGUCUUCACUGCCAUGAUCUGAACAAUACUUUAUGUAUGCGAGUAGUGUUUGGUUUAUUUACUUUAUUUAAUGUUAAUCGUUUUUAAUUCAUUUUUAAUCACAUUAUUUGUUACUAUACGGUUUAUUAAUGUUUAGUAAUUGCAUUCACAAAAGUUGUCGUUACUAAGUUGAGAGUAAAGGUUUGAAUCUUUGCUCCUUUAUGUGUUGCCAGUUUUUAGUGAAAACUACCAUUGUAGAAAACUUAUUACAACUCAAAGUUAAACGGAAUAAAUAAAUCUUUGCAUAAUUUUCUGGAUAUGAGCGAAUAAAAUAUAUUAUUUUAUAUAAAGAAGGGAAUAAUAUAUGCCAAUAUAGAACA